UCAACUCUACCCAGUUCUGACAGGGAGUACAUAUGUGUAAGGUCACAUCCUUCUUAAUGAUUUCAAUGACUUCAAUUCAUCUAAGUCUGUUGACGGGCAACGGAGGAGGUUACAGAAGGCCUCAUUUUUAAAAUCAUGUCAUUCAUUUCCUUUACACAUCAUAGAUGCAUUACCCCCCUUUAAAAUAUACCAUGAUAAGUAUAUAUAAUCCCGGACAUCACCAACAAUCCUUUACCAUGGAACUUAAUAACGUCCAUCUUUAGUAACCUCCGUGUUCUGUCAGAGAACCAGUGAGUCGUGAAUCAAUCAUCUAUGGACCUCACCGUGUCUCCUGAGGACCCACAUGCUGGGGCCUCUGACCCUAUCUUGAACCUCAGCCAUGCUAAUCGCCUGGGUGACACGCACGGGUUAAAUUACCUGCCAAAGGGGGAGGGACAGUUCCUGUGGUUUGCUUAACCCACCGGUUCAACUAUUGAACGGAUCCUGCAGCUCCCAUCUGUAAUCCCUGCACCUCAUUGGAUCGGAGGCGCACGGUGCGCGCCGCUGAUUCGUCCAAUCACCUGCCAGUCCUGAGGAUUCCCCACUUCUCUACAGACUAAACAGGGGAAGCAGCAGCAGCAGGAGCGGCAGCAGUGCAAUGACACCGGCCACGGGAGGAAGAAGAUGGUUCUCACAGCGAGGAGAUGGAUAAAACCUGUCCCUUACAGCCGGUGAAGUCUGUCAUCCAAUAAUGCACCACUCCCAGCCAUGAGCUAAGUCCUCUCCACCCUUGGUGACCCGUGCAGGAUGACUGCAGUUUGCCCCACUGAGAGCAGCCCAGAGGGGACAGAGGCUGGGGCUGGGACAGCAGGAUCUAGGGGGUCGGGCGCAGCAGCCACAGCUGGGGACGGCUCAGUUUCUGGGGCCGAGACUGGGGAGUCAAAUGUAGAGUCUGUCGGAGGUUCCCUUGGGGGCACAGCUGCGGUUACAGGUGGCCAAAGGUACAACCGCUGGAGCCGCCAGGACAGUUCAGACAUCAACACAGACGACGAGGGAGCCACCGUCCGCCGCCUCACUCCGCUGGAGAGGUUGAACCUCGACAUGUGCCAGGAUGACAGGGUUGUGCGUGAGCUAACAGUGGGGAGAAGAAUCGGAUUCUACAAAAUUCGUGGCGAGAUCGGCUGUGGAAACUUCUCCCAUGUAAAGCUGGGAAUUCAUGCCCUCACCAAAGACAAGGUGGCCAUCAAGAUCCUGGACAAAACCAAGCUGGAUCAAAAGACCCAGAAGCUGCUGUCCAGAGAGAUUUCUAGCAUGGAAAAACUGCACCAUCCCAACAUCAUACGCCUCUAUGAGGUGGUGGAGACAUUAACGCGGUUACACUUGGUGAUGGAGUAUGCCGGGGGAGGGGAGCUUUACACCAAAAUCACAACUGAAGGCAAACUUCCUGAUGCCGAUGGCAAGAUUGUCUUUGCUCAGAUCCUCUCUGCUGUCCAACACAUGCACGAGAGUAACAUCAUCCACCGUGACCUGAAGGCAGAGAAUGUCUUCUACACCAGCAGCGCUUGUGUCAAAGUGGGAGACUUUGGGUUCAGCACGUUGAGCCGCCGCGACGAGACGCUCAACACGUUCUGCGGCUCUCCGCCGUACGCUGCGCCUGAGCUCUUUCGGGACGAGCAUUACAUUGGCAUCUUUGUCGACAUCUGGGCUUUGGGCGUGAUGCUGUUCUUCAUGGUGACGGGCACCAUGCCGUUCAGGGCAGACACAGUGGCCAAACUGAAGCGAUGCAUCCUGGAGGGGGCCUACAUUCUGCCUACCUGGGUGCCAGACACAUGCCAGAGGCUGAUCAGGGGAAUCCUUCAACCUAUACCCACCGACCGCUGCACAGUGGAGCAGAUGAUGGGCUGCGAAUGGCUGCUCACUGUGGACUUCCCACGGGCGAUGGAACCUUUUAAACUUGACCCGUCCUACCUUGCAGAGAGCGACGCUCCCGAACUCGACGAGGAAGAGAAGGAGGUGAAGGCAGCACUGGAGACACUAGGAAUCACCUCAGAACACAUCCUCAACAACCAGGGGAAAGACUGCAGGAGCUCCAUCACUGGGGUCUUUAGGAUCCUGCUCCACCGUGUCCACAAGAGACGGGCUGUUGAGACUAUGUCUGCAGUCACCAAGGUCAAGGUCGCAGCAACUACAUCGAGUAAAAAGGAACGGCUAAAAGUGUACCGCAGUUUGCGGCACACAUCGAAACUCUGUCUGAUUCUAUGAUCGGCUUCACUCUGGAAAUUAACCGACGCUUAAGUCUUUGAGGAGUCUGCAUGGAUCGCAUUAGAAAUAACAAGUGCUUUACAGUCCGGCAUUGAACAGGAAAUCGUAUUUACCGUAUACAAUGCUCCUGAAAUCUGGGAUUUCUUACUUAAGUGUCUCAUCUAGUAAGUAAAAUUAGUCUCUAUGAGAAUAUUGCUACCAGUAAAUCAUGAUUGUUUUUGACAGGGACAGGGAGGAUCCAUCUUGAGAUUUGUAAAUGUUAUGAAAUGUAAUAUUUAGUAUUUGAUAGCAUACAUAUUUUUAUUUGAGUCAUGCAGGCCAGGUAGUCGUCAUCCACUUAUAUUCUGUGCUUCGUGUCGCGACACCAAUAAUCCCGACGUAGCCUAAAUCUUAAGGGGAGAUUUAGAUAUCCACAUAAUGCUAAGGUGAUGAAGAGGUGAAGCAUGCAGAGAGCACAUGAAAUCUGCUUUUUUAAAUGCACUUUUCUGCGAGGCCUUAAUUUUCUAUAAUGGUAUCAGACAGACUUGUUUCAUUGUACUCUUGAUUUUAUUCUUUUCAAUUUCUUCCCCUGUGGCCUGAAAAAGCCACGACAUGACACAGAACUACAAAUACCAACGUGUACCAACCACCAAACGUGUAAGUCAGUCAUGUGGCAGAUUCAUCUUUAAUUUUGACUCACUAUUUUUAAAUUAUUUUAAUAAUCUGAUGCCAUGUAGGUAUGUGUUGAGUAAAAUAAAUUGAAAUGAAAAUGAA